AUGGCUCAGAAAUAUGAUUUGGAAUAUAAGAGGUUACCGUGGUACAGGCUCGCCAGCUACGAUUUCCUUUUGUGGGCACUCUCAAUCGUGUUUGACUGUUUCUUUAGAGAGAUUAGACCCAGAGGAGCAUUUAAGAUCCCACGAGAUGGACCGGUUAUUUUUGUUGGAGCACCACACCACAACCAAUUUGUGGACCCUGUGAUUUUGCAAAACCAAGUGAAACGCGAGGCAAAUAGAAGAAUAUCCUUCUUGAUUGCGGCAAAGUCGUACAAGAUGAAAUCGGUGGGAACAAUGGCUAAAUGCCAAUUGAGUAUCCCUGUUGUUCGGCCCCAGGACAACUUGGUUAAAGGGUCAGGUAAGAUGUUCGUCGAUUCCCAUGACAAUUGCCGCAUCAUUGGUGUGGGAACGAAAUUCACUACUGAGUGUAUGGUUCGAGGCUUGAUUGCAUUACCACAAUCUCUUGGUGCCACUGAGAUUUCAGAAAUUGUGUCAGAUACGGAAUUGAUCAUCAAGAAGGAGUUUAAGGACCUGGAACAGAUUAGAGUGUUGCUCACCAAUGGAACGUCUUACAAAAGAGCCGACAAGAUUGACCAAAAACAAGUCUACAAAAUGGUAUUUGACCACUUGCUGGACAACCACUGUAUUGGAAUAUUCCCCGAAGGCGGAUCACACGACCGCCCAGACUUGCUACCACUAAAAGCAGGUGUUGCAGUGAUGGCAUUGGGAGCAAUGGAAAAUGACCCAACCUGCAAUGUCAAGAUUGUUCCUUGUGGAAUGAACUACUUUAAUGCGCAUAGAUUCAGAUCAAGAGCCGUGGUAGAGUUUGGCGACCCCAUUGUAAUACCACGCGAACUUGUUAAGAAAUAUUCAAACCCCGAGACCAGUAGAGAAGCAGUUAAGGAUCUAUUGGAAAUGGUGAGUGCUGGAUUAAAAGCAGUCACAGUGACAUGCGAAGAUUUCGAGACCUUAAUGUUGAUCCAAGCAGCAAGAAGAUUAUACGCAGGAAACUUGGCCCAGCAACUACCACUUCCACUUAUAGUUGAAAUGAACAGAAGAUUGGUAAAUGGCUACAGACAUUAUAAAGAUGAACCAGUUAUCCAACAGUUAAAAACCAAAGUCAUGGAGUAUAACGAGAUGUUGAAAUCCUUGCAUCUUCCAGAUCACCACGUCGAAGACUGUCGCGAGGAAGUAAACAAAGCAAAGCUUGUCCCCAUUUUGGUUUACAGAAUUGCAAAACUUAUAAUUUUGUUUACAUUGGCCCUUCCCGGAGCUACGCUUUUUGCCCCCGUGUUUUUGUCCUCAAAAUUGAUAUCAAAACUGAAAGCUAGGGAGGCAUUGGCAAACUCAGUGGUGAAGAUUGCCGCAAACGACGUUAUUGCAACUUGGAAGAUAUUGGUGGCCAUGGGUAUCGCUCCCGUUGUAUAUUCAUUUUAUGCAACUGUAGGUACUUAUUCCUGCUACAGCCAUGGAAUUUUCUCAUCCUUUGGUUUGUUUUGGUUAUGGAUAUUCUUGUACGCGUGCGGUGUUCUUGUUACUUAUAGUGCUCUUUUGACAGGCGAGCAAGGAGUCGAUUUGUUCAAAUCAAUCAGACCGUUAUAUCUUUCAAUAAAAUCAGGCUCAUCCAUAAGACAGUUGAAGAAGAUGAGAAAGGAACUAAGCGAAGAAAUCACAGAGGUGGUUAAUGAGUUUGGACCCAAGUUGUAUCCGAACGACUUCAACUUGUUGAACUUGAAAAACAAAUUGAAUAUUAAUGAUAAGGUUGACUAUGUUGAUUCUGACGAAGAAGAGGAUCGCAAAACACAGGAGUUGAAGAAUAGAAGACAUCAAAGAAGAGGCAAAGGAGAAGGAAAAAGAGGAAGGAUUACAAGUACAACAGAGAACAUUUCUAAGGAGGAAGAUCGUAGAGAGAAUGGUAGUGACUACUACCAGUCUACAGAGGAUGAAGGUGCUAUGUCCAAUUCCUCCUCUGUCUCCGACGGAAUGUCCCUAUUGGCGUCGGACCCCAAAUCAUACACUAACUUGCCCAUCUUUAGCGAUUACAACUUGUAUAAGAAUGUUCACAAUAAGAAUUUACGUUUGGAACCGCAAUCAAAAAUCAAUUCGAGCACUUCAUUACAUAAUGAAGCUAAAGAUGCAAGAGCUCAUGAAAACUCAGAAGUAGAAACAAUAGCACCAACACCAGCAGCAGGAGCACCAGCAAUUUUAGAUUCAUCCGUUCACGCAAAUGGACUCAAUCCAGACUCUAACUCUUAUAAAUCAUCGCCACUUAGCGGUAAGCCAACUUUAUCAAAAUCGCUGUCGGAGGAGCAUAUUAUCGAGAUCAAUUUUGAUCCAAAGGCCCCAUUAAAGGAUAAAAUAAGACAGAGAAUGAUGCAAAACAGAGACUCUUGA